CGCCGGCUGAGCAGAAAUCGAGGCAUCAUUGAUUGGCAUGUGUCGGGCCUCCCUGUUUUAGAAUUUAAAAUAGUUUCUCCGAGAAAAAGAGACAUUAGAAUGGUACAUGAAACUGAGAAGCGCACUCCUUAUCUACACUGAAUUUUCGACUUUUCUUCUUUUUCCGAUUUUAGUGAUCCUGAUCAUUUUUCGCAGCCCUUUUACCCCCCCAUCAUGCAAUUCAAGGAGCAUAAUCGUCUCUAUGACCUGGUCGUCUUUGGAGCUACUGGGUAUACCGGUCGUGUGGUAGCAGAGUACGUUGCGGCCAACUUCCCCAUCAAUGCGAAAUGGGCCGUUGCAGGUCGUUCCGCGCCAAAGCUUCAGGCAAUCGUCGACAGUUGCAAAACAGCACAUUCAGAUAGAAAUCUACCAGAAAUUGAAAUUGUCAAUCUUGACAACAGUGAAGAGAUGCGUGCGUUGGCGAGCAAGACAUGUGUGAUGAUUACAACUGUCGGUCCCUACAGCCAAUAUGGAGAGCAAGCUGUGAAAGCAUGCGUGGAGGCCGGCACGCACUAUUUUGACGCAACCGGUGAAGCAGCUUGGGUCUACAAAAUGAUCAAGAAAUAUGAAAAAGCCGCUAAAGAGAGCGGUGCUAUUCUAAUUCCCCAGAUGGGCCUUGAGUCUGCUCCUCCAGACCUCUGUACCUGGUCUUUGGCCAAUACACUUGGCAAAGAAAUGGAUGCCAAAACCAAAGACGUCGUUCUUUCGCUUCACACUUUACGAGCGGCACCAUCCGGGGGCACCAUCUCUACUGUCCUCAGUCUAUUCGACAAUCUCACUUUGAGCGAAUUGCUCGAGUCUGGGAAGCCCUAUGCUCAUUCUCCUGUGCCUCAUCCGGCUGAGCCAAAAAGACGCGAGACUUCCAUAUGGCAAAAGCUGUUCGGUAUUCACAAUGUCCCUAACCUUGGAACUCUGACCACGGGCUUGACUGGUACUACCGACCAGGGAGUAAUAGAACGCUCGUGGGGGCUUUUGUCGGAAAUUCCUAGCCGGAAAGACCAGUUUUACGGGCCGAACUUUUGCUGGGCAGAAUAUAGCAAACCUCGCAACUGGUUAGAAGGCAUUCUCACGCACUGGCUGCUCACUGUCGCAGUUCUGCUUCUAUCAAUAGCGCCUGUCAGAGCGAUAGCCAGAAAAUUUGCUCCAGAGCCAGGAACCGGCCCCUCCAGAGAAGACAUGGACAAGGAAGAGGUUGAGUGGCGCGGCAUAGCAAAUCCUGAUACGCAAUCGCCUGUCAACAAGCAAGCCUUUGUUCGAGCUUGGUAUCAUGGCAGCAUGUAUCAGCUAACGGCAAUGCUUUGCAGCGAAGGUGCACGUAUUGUUUUGGAAGGCGACCUUGAGUUGGGCGGAGGCUUCUAUACUCCAUGCUGCCUCGGCCAGCGCAUCGUCGAUCGGGCUCAUGAGGGGGGGUUGAAGAUUGAGACACGGAUCCAAGACAAAUGAGUCUGAGUAGCUCACUUUACCAUUCGACCAUGUGCCUGUAGUCGGCUGAAUCAACCUUACCGACCUUGGCCUAUGUAUGCGACUUUGGUCUGGCAAGCUGACCUUGAUAGGAAAACAGUUUUUCAAAUGGAUGUGUCCAGCUCCCAAGUUUAGGGGUUUCCUCAUUCGAAUGUAUCUAAUAGAUGUAUGGUUUCUCGAUUUCAG